CCGAGUCGGAAUUCCUCUUGCCUCUGUGUCUGGACUAUAGCGGAUCGCAACCACUUCCAUCAAAAUGAAAAACACUCUCUUGUGCUUUCUUGGUCUGUCCAUUAUCGGAAUAGUGUCUGGUGACAGUUGCUCCCUAGAGAUUUCUCCACCCAGAGCAGUGGUGAAGUUUGGGGAUCCGGUGACGGUCAGCUGUGUGGCCUCUCGUCCCGUUCGAGUGCUGGGAUGGGAAUCGAUUAUUGCCGCAUCACACACUCAGCAUGACCUGAGCGUUCAGUGGCGGGUGGACAGUUUGACAGACUGGAUUGAGGAGCCGAUCUGCUAUGGCGUUUUCUUCACUGCACCCAGACAGUGUGAGGAAAAACUAAACCUUGUUCUAUACAAAAAACCCGACAGCGUGUCCAUAAGUUUAGUGAAUCACAGCAGUCCUGUGGUGGAGGGACGAGAGUACCAGCUCCAAUGUGAGGUGCACAACGUUGCUCCUGUUCAGUACCUUGCUUUACGAUGGUACAGAGGACAAACCGAAGUUUACAACCACUCGUUCUCAGAGUUGACAACUUCUACGCCAGUGCAGGUGUCCUCCACCCUGCUGAUCGUUCCAAACAGAGCUGAAAAUGGAGCUCAGUACAGGUGUGAAGCAGAGCUACAGCUGGGCCCUGAAGGCCCUCAGCCUCCUCCCACAGUUCAGUCCCCAUCGCUCAACAUUGCUGUUCAGUACCCACCUGACUUCCGCAGUCCAAAGGAAGAGCAGCUGGAGGUCAGUGAGGGUAGUGAAAUGGUACUGGAUUGUACAGCAGAGGGAAACCCACCACCUGUGUACAUCUGGACGUCCCCAAACCUUCAGGAGAAGGCUGAUAAUCAGCCCGUUUUGAAAGACGCAUCUUUGAGCCCAGGGGUUUAUACAUGCACUGCGUCAAAUAUCCUUGGAAAAAAGAGCAAACAGUUUGUCAUCAAGCACAAAUCCAAAGGUGUUUAAGAAGUCCAGAGAUCUUGAGGAGGAACCGAAGACAAACAAGCAGCUCUAGAUGCUACGCUCAGGACUUUCUGAACGUGGAGGAUCAGAAUCUAGCUCUAGCUCUACAUUAUAGAUGUCCAUGCUGCAUUUUAGGGGACUCUCUUUUCAGGGGUUAUGAUUUGUUAAAUAUGAGAGUCAAGCCUACAUGUGUGUGAAAUCAUAAGCGUACAAGUUUUUAAUAUUGUGUGUAAGAUCGUUUUAACAGGGCAUUUUUUUAUAUUACAUGACAUACAUAAAGAUGAUUCUGACUUUUAAAAUGUUUUGUUGUUCUUGUUGUAGAUAUUCACUCACCUAAUA